AUGCUCUCUUCACAGACCCAACAAAUUUCAACAAAACAGCUUCGUCUGGCAGCACUUAGUGUCCAUUACCUGUCUACCACAUUCUUGGACGAAGUACUGGAUACACCGGGCCUGACCAGGGACUCGAAUCUCUAUCAAAUUGAAAACUUGGAUCGGGAAGAACCAGGAGUGAUUCGCCGCAAGGGGGUAGACGUAGUUUGUCCCAUAGAUGGCAAACAAGGCGCUGCGUAUGUUCACUGUGUCGGUGGAGAGGAUACUGUUGGAACUGCCAAAAUAAUGCUGAGUUACACUUGGGCAUACUCGAUAGGAGACAUCAUAGAUACCUUGGUUGAUUUCUGUGAUUCCAGCGGUCGAGAUCCAAAGAGGACCUAUGUUUGGAUCUGCUGCCUGUCCAUCAACCAACAUCGGGUGUGGGAGCAGAAACAGAGUAAGCGAUCCGGCAUGGCGACUGCCUCCAGUCAAGUGGACUUUUUUACUGAGUUUGGAAGUCGUGUCGUAUCCAUUGGCCACGUCUUGUGUAUGAUGGUUCCCUGGAACAAUCCAAUCUACUUGAAGCGUAUCUGGUCUGUGUUUGAACUCUUUCAAGCCAACAAACACAAAUGUGAAACCACAAUCGUCAUGCCACCGGCAGAGAAAGCAGCAUUUGAGCAGGAAUUGUUUGGAGAAAAUGGGAACGGAAUCGACUCGCUUUAUGAUGCUCUGUCCCAUACCAAAAUUGAACAAGCUCAAGCCUCUGUGGAAGCAGACAGGGUGGCGAUACUGGAAAUGGUACGGAAGGAUCCGGGCUAUGCUGCAUUGAACCACAAGGUGAAUGAUUUACUUCGAAACUGGGUUCGUGAUGUGAUCUCUAGUCUAACUAAGGGCGUCGAUAUUACAUCUGUUGAGGACUCGAUCGUCCUUGCCCGAAAAUGCAACAAGGCUGGAGAAGUGCUCAACCAGUACGGUCAUCACCAAGCUGCUAUGGAAGAGCACCAGGCGGCAUUGGCCAUGCUAGAACCUCUAGUCGGCAAACAGCAUCAAGACAUUGCCAUUUCAUAUCAUGGCAUUGGCCGUUCUCUGUUGGAGACAGGCGAGUACUGGGAAGCAGAAACGAUCUUUCACCGUGCACUAUCCAUUCAAGAAUCCAUACUGGGUACGGGUCAUUUUGACUGCGCCAAAACACGGCAAGAUAUUGGUAGGGUGUAUAAGAAGCAAGGAAAAUAUGGUGAGGCCUUGGUAGAACUAAGAAAUGCUCUCGCUAUACACGAAGAGCUGACAGGGGAAGCAACUCUCGAAAGAGCAACUGUACUAGGCCAAAUUGGGUACGUUUUGCACGACAAAGGCGAUUACGACGGAGCUCUUGUUGAGUACAAGAAAUCUCUUGCAAUUUGCAAAGAGGUCGGGGGCCAACAUCAUCCCGAAUGUGCCCGGUGCCAUCAUAGUCUCGGUGAUGUCUACCAGAGCAAGGGGUCGUUUGAUUCAGCCCUUUCGGAAUAUCGGGAGGCGCUCUCCAUUCGGCAAGUCAUAUUUGGUUCCGAGCACGACGCAGUUUCGAGCACUCUAAACUCUGUCGCAGGUGCUCUCCAAAACAAGGGUGACUUUGAUGAGGCACUGAAAACCUACAAAAAUGCGUUGCUGAUCCGCGAAAAGGCCCUGGGAGAGCAUCACCCGGAUACCGCAAAGCUCCAUCACAACAUAGGGGCUAUGCUCCACAAAAAAGGAUUGCACCAGGAAGCUCUGAAGGAAUACAAACGUGCGCUAGCUGUGAAGAAAGAAUUCUAUGGCGGCUGCCAUCCUGAAGUUGCUAAUUCCAUCAACAGCAUUGGUGUGGCGUUGCAAGACCAGCAAGACUUCACAGGAGCUUUACAGGAGUAUCGUAAAGCCCUCUCCAUCCGAGAAAAGAUCCUCGGAACUUCGCACCCAAGCACGGCGGGUUCCUAUCAGAACAUUGGAGUAGUCCUGUACAUCAAAGGCAACUUUGAUGGCGCGCUUGCUGAGUAUAGAAAGGCACUUGCGAUUCGAGAAUCGAUCCUUGGCCCAUCCCACCCGGACACCGUUUCUCUUUACGUCAACUUGGGCGCUCUAGGGAAACAAAGAGGUAAUUUGGAUGAAGCUAUGACAUACUACGAGAAAGCUCUACAGGCGAGUGAAUCCAUCUCAGAUCCUGAUACUGCCAAAUUGUAUAAGAACCUUGGAGUGCUACACAAAGAAAAGGGCGACCUUGACACUGCCCUGAUGAAAUUGCGCAAAGCACUCGCUUUGUUCCAAAAUGCUUACGGAGAAGAGAAUCCUGACACAGCCAUGGCGCACUACUUGAUUGCGUCGGCGCUUGAACAGAGGAAUGAUCUCCAAGGAGCCAUGAUAGAGUUCGAGCAUGCAUUACUGAUUCGCGUACGAAUUCUAGGCAGAAACAACCCGCUCACGUUGGAUACGCGACGGCAAAUCAAUGACCUGCGGCUGCGCCUCCCAGGGUGA